UGUGGAUUAUGCUGCCGACAGCGACAGGUCAACAAAAGGCGACGCGACUCCACCGCCGGUCGUGUGUGUCCUGGCUUCACGGGCAUGCAUAUACUUGCUGUGGCGUGAUCCUUGUCGUUCUUCUCGUCCAUAACUUCCAGCAGUACCGCAUGAAGUUUUCGAUCCUCGAGGAAUCCCGGAAUACGAUUGUCUUGAUUGCAAACUAUCGUGACUCGACGCGAUGUGCCGAAACGUUGCAGUCGCUCUUCACGAACGCCGCACGACCAGACCUGGUCUUCUUGAGCUUCUACGAUCAGAUCUACCACGACGAAGUCACGUGCAUGGAUGCAUUCUGCGCCAAGGUAGGCGAAGCGAAUUGCCGACGGAAUGCCGUUCGCCGCAACGACACGCUGGACGCGGCACUUGCGACAGGGCCAACCAAAGCACGAUACGAAACGGAGAAAGGCAUCGACCUGACCAAGGAUACCUUUGCCUUGGCCAUCGACUCGCAUCUUGUGUUUGUGUCGCACUGGGACAUGCAGCUCAAAGCAGAAUUCGACGCAGUUCGGAACCCAAAAGCGAUAUUGACAGCAUAUCCCAAAUCGACGACCCGCACAUUUGACCGAUGGACGACGCAGUGGUUUGGCCUAAGUACGACGUCCAUUAUGUGCUAUGCACGGAUCGAAACGACGGAUGGCGAUGCGAUGGUGCAAUACAGCGCGCCGGCGCAGCACUUCGUUCCCCAUCGCAUGUCGCCCAUCUUGAUCAGCCAAUUCGCGGGAGGUUUUAGCUUUGGUCCAGCCACCGCGGCGCUCGACGUCCGGAAUGACCCAUUCACGCCCUACUUGUUUCACGGCGAAGAGUACUCGAAAGCAGCGCGGCUGUUCACACACGGGUACGUUAGAAGGUCGUUCAUCGCGUCAUUUUAGUUCGUUAGUCACGGUAGUUAGUCCCAUUGUUCAUUAGUUAGUACUUCAUUGUCCGCUAGUCCGUUCGUCCUGACGAUGUCUCCAGGUACGACAUGUACGCGCCGAUUCGAGACGUCGUGUACCAUCACUACGAAGCGCGCCCUGUCGUGUGGGAGCGCGACUGGCCGGACCGCUACAUUGUCCAGCAGCGCUCGAAGCGCCGGAUCCGCACUGUCCUGGGGCUCCCCGUGACGUCGGACGACUUUGACGCAACCAACAUCACACAAUUUGGACUGGGGACAGCGCGCACGAUGGCCGAGUUCAUCGCGUUUUCGGGUAUCGAUCCACGGGCGCAAAAGGACGGAGACAACACGCAGCAGUUCAUGAACUGCGGCACGUUGACAUUCGUCGAGCCUUCGGUAACAACGACGAAUACGUGAUGAUAGUAGAACGUGUGGGUGGGGCGAUGGGUCGCGCUGCAUACAACAAUGAGAGCGGAUCGGAGUCGGAUGCGAGUCUGGAUUACGCAGGGGGUGUCGGCUGUGCCCAGCGUUGUUGUCGGUGCUCUCACCGCUAGGUGCAGUUCUCCACUUCAUGAUGGCAUUCCGCGGGACAGCCAAGGUGCAUGGCUCUUGCAACGAAGUUGCCAUAAAGCUGCGCCAAUUUUUGCACCUUAUCAAAUGGAGCUUGAACAAACUCACCCAGGAGGACAAGAAGCGUCGCGUCGAAGAUAUCCAUCCGCCGUCGCGACGGCACAUAACGACUUGCA